GAAGCAGGCAAGUCGGUGCUCAAAAAUAGACCGUCCACGUUUGUUUCCUUUUCCUAGCGGCGUGUGAAAUUCGUGCGAAAAGUGUUAACCGGUUGCUUGAAAAUUGAAAGUUUCGCUAGUUUCGGUGAUUUUUUGCGGUGGAAAUCAAUUCGUUUUGCAGCUAGCAUGCCUCCGAAAAAGAUCCACGAACCGGAAGUGAAACCACUGAUCGGGCGAAUCGGGACCAAUCUGCGCAUCGGCAUUGUCGGUGUGCCGAACGUCGGCAAAUCGACGUUUUUCAACGUGCUAACCAAAAGUGCAGCACCGGCGGAAAAUUUCCCCUUCUGUACCAUCGAUCCCAACGAGAACAGAGUUCCAGUUCCCGAUGCUCGUUUCGAUUACCUGUGCGAGUACCACAAGCCCUUGAGCAAAGUCCCGGCCUUUCUGAACGUGGUGGACAUUGCCGGUCUGGUGAAGGGUGCCGCCGAAGGACAAGGCUUGGGCAACGCAUUCCUGUCGCACAUCAACGCUUGUGAUGCCAUCUUUCACCUGUGUCGCGCUUUCGACGAUCCGGAUGUGACCCACGUCGAGGGUGAAGUGGAUCCGGUACGCGAUCUAUCGAUCAUCGCCGAAGAACUACGGCUCAAGGACGAAGAACGGUUGAUGAUCAAUUUGGACAAACUGGAAAAGCUGGUGAUCCGCGGUGGGGACAAGAAAAGCAAGCCGGAAUAUGACACGCUGGUCAAAGUCAAGGAGGUGCUGGUGGACGAAAAGAAGCACAUUCGAUUUGCCGACUGGAGCGCACACGACAUCGAAGUGCUGAACAAAUAUCUCUUCCUGACGUCGAAACCGUGCAUUUACCUUGCGAAUCUCUCCGAGAAGGACUUCAUCCGCAAGAAGAACAAAUGGUUGCCGAAGAUCAAGGAGUGGAUCGACAAACACGAUCCGGGCGCAUCGUUGAUUCCGUUCUCCGGUCUGUUCGAGCACAAGCUGGCCGAGAUGGAGACGGAUGCGGAACGGCGGGCGUUCGAGGAGGAACACAAGUGCACCUCGAUGCUGGAACGAAUCAUCACGACCGGCUACAAGGCACUGCAUCUGGAGUACUUUUUCACGGCCGGUCCGGAUGAAGUAAAAGCCUGGACCAUCCAGAAGGGUACCAAGGCUCCGCAGGCGGCUGGUCGCAUCCAUACCGACUUCGAGAAGGGUUUCAUCAUGGCCGAAGUGAUGCACUACAAUGACUUCAAGGAGGAGGGCAGUGAAGCGGGUGCCAAAGCUGCCGGCAAGUAUCGGCAGCAGGGCCGUAACUACGUGGUCGAAGACGGAGACAUCAUUUUCUUCAAGUUUAACGCCGGUGCUGGACUGAAGGAUCCCAAGAAAAAGUGAUAUCAGCAAUUUGCCACGGUCAUCUUUGUGUUGCUCUAUCUGAACAUGAUACUCUACUCGCAAAUGUUUCUACCGCAGCUCCAGUGAAGAACUGUGGAUGCAUUUUCGAGGAUCGGUUGACAGGACAGACACGCAUUCAUCUACUUCAAAAAUGCCCAUUACACAGGACAUACACAAUUGUACUAUCCAUUGAUAAAGAAAACAUGUAAUCGAGAAUUAUUCAAGGGAUGAUGCUAAUAAAUUCUUUGUUUUGUGCAAUA